UGGGUGCCGCUGCCGAGCGCACCAUGCGGGCUGUCAUCGCCUUGGCCGCGGCGCUGGGCAGCCUGCUCCUGGGCGGCUGCCUCUUGCGCCUGGGCGGCCAGCAGCCCCUCCGCGCCAGGGGCUGGCAAGAGGAGGAGGCAGGAGUAGCUACUGUCACGCCGAAAGUGGUGCGAGCCCUCAGGUCCCCCCUGACGCCCCUUCCUCAGACCGAGAACAGGUACGGGCUGCCCGCCCGCAGAACAACUGCUAAUAAAAAUGGAAUUUACCAGUUUGAACAGGCUUCAAAAUGUAAGGCAAUUCAGGACAACAUUUUGUCAUCAUCUAUCAAGAAGAAAAGAUACUCAGAAGAUUAUUAUCUUCACAUAGUUACAAAACUGCAGAACUGCACCUGGGUAAGGAGACAAGAAGAAUCUACAAAAUUCAGGUCAGAAUUAGCUUCCUGCUGUGAUGCAGUUCACAAUUUUAUUGCUUCUCAAAACAACAGCCCACUGGGAAGUAACAUGAGUUAUGAAGUGGACAGUAAAAAGACCAUCCUCAUUACAGAGGACAUUUUUAAGAUGCUGCCUGUGUCCUCGCCUCUUUCAGUCUAUCCCUUCAAGACCUGUGCUGUGGUUGGAAAUGGAGGCAUUCUGAAGAAUUCCAGCUGCGGAGCUGAAAUCGAUCGUUCUGACUUUGUGUUCAGGUGUAACCUUCCUCCAACCACAGGAAGCAUUAGCAAAGAUGUUGGCAAUAAAACAAACCUUGUGACUGUUAAUCCGAGUAUCAUAGCUCAGAAAUACAACAAGCUAAAUGAAAAGAAGAGAGAAUUUCUGGAAAACAUUGCCGUCUAUGGAGAUGCUUUUCUUUUAUUGCCAGCAUUUUCCUUCAGAAGCAACACAGCCACUUCUUUUAAAGUAUAUCACACUCUGAAAGAGUUCAAAGCAACCCAAAGGGCAAUAUUUUUUCAUCCCACUUAUCUGAAAAGCCUUGCCCAGUUCUGGAGAACUAAGGGUGUGAAAGCCUACCGGUUGUCAUCUGGUUUUAUGAUCACUAGUGCUGCUCUUGAGCUAUGUGAGAAUGUGAAGCUCUAUGGCUUCUGGCCUUUCUCAAAAUCCACAGAGAAGAUGCCAAUCAGCCACCACUAUUACGACAACCAGCUGCCUAAACCGGGCUUCCAUGCAAUGCCCAAAGAAUACAACCAGAUCCUUCAGCUUCAUGGUAAAGGCAUUUUGAAGUUGCAGUUUGGUAAAUGUGAAUCAGACUAAAAAGAGGGUGAUGAUCCUAAGGAAGACAAUUUCUAUAUAUCUCAGCAGUUCUGUGUUGGAUUUAAUCUGAUGUGAUUUUGUGAGCAUUAAACUGCAUUAUUACAAUAGAGAAAUAUUUUACACUUGGAGAGAAAAGGAAGUGAUUUUUUCACAUAGUGACUGCUACAAAAUUAUGAAUUUUGAGUAAUCAUUUUUAAAAUACAAAGUAAUGAUUAUUUCGAAAAUUCUGAAACUCCUGGCUAUUGGUUUAAUUGUAGCAAAGCACAAUCUCAGGAUGGUGGCAAUAUGUGACAUUGAUCAUGUUUUACUUCUUAAAGGAUCAUUAAAAUAUUUUCAUAUAAGAUCUCUGGUUUUGUUGGUGGCUGCAUGAGUUGGCAGUGAACAUUUUCAAUUAAGAACUUGAUCCUGUAAAUACUGACAUUUGUCUACAUGUGAAAAGCAAUGAGAAGAGCUACAGAGGAGUAAUUAAUUCAGAACCAUGUCAUUCUUAGCUUGUCCAAGGCUUCAGAGAUGAUAAAAUCCCUCAGGUUAGAGACAGUCAAGUAGUUUAUGGGCUUUCAUUUUGUGGGCAAUAGGUAAUGCUGUGGAUUUAAUGGGCUUUCCUUUUGUGAGCAAUAAAUGGUGCUGUGGAUUUAAUAGGAUCACUCAUGUGAGUGAUGGUAAUUUUGGGAACACGUGUUAUGAAGGACCAGAACUGUACAGUUAUUUAUAAACCACUCUUCUUGCUUGUGUUCCUGUCUAAGGUCUAGUUCAGCGUCAAAUAAGGACAGUGAACUAGGUUCUACACUACAACCCCAGAGUCCUGGUAGAGUAUGAUUUUGCACAUAUUCCUGCUAUCCCAACCAUGUGGCUUGGCUGAUACAUGAGAUGGAAUUUUCAUUAGAAAGAUGAUAGGUACCAAAUGUUUAAUUUCUUCUAUUUCUUUUCACCUAGUAUAGCUCUUAUCAAUAGGUGACUGCAGAUAAGGAAACUGUACUAAGCAUUAUUAGAAGAAUGUUCCUCUUACAAUCAACCUCAAGCUCUUCUCAUACACCAGGGUAUAUGAGAAAAGUGACUACAUUCACUUAAUUUAUAGCCUAUACAGUUCUUGAGCUUUCAGUUUUCCGUGUUGUCCAAUGAUACAUGUGGUGCAACAUCCUGCAACAAAAGAAAGUGAAUCACAUUAAUAUUUACAGGAGCUGUGACAAGCAGUUGUGCCCUAGCUAUGGCUGCUUGUAUGUGCUUAUGUGCUUAAAUGUUCUACCGCAGGGAAAAAAACCCAACAAACAAACAACAAAGCAAACAAAACAAAACAAAAAUUGUGAUAACCAGAUUCUGUUAAGAGUUUCACUGACUUUUUUGAGUGUCCUUUGAAUGCUCAGUUCAAAGAUAGUGUCCUUCUCCUCCUUUUACAGACAGAUACUAUCAGGUAUUUUAUUUACUAAAACUCCUUUUGCUAGUCCAGCAUUAAAUCUUAAAUCAACUGAUUUAAAGAGCUUUCAGUAUUCCAGUCAUUUAGGAUUAUAUGUGCAAAAAAAUUCCCACUUAAAUGAAUUGAACCUUAUAAAAUAAGGUCCAAAAAACCUUUUAAAUUGAUACUUCCUAAGAGCAUUACUUUGCUGUUGUAAUAUUUGAAAGUUUACCUUGCAGCAGUUUUAUCAUCACAUAAACACUCCCAGAAGUAUUAGAAUCAAUCAUUAUGGUUACAAGUCUGUUGGUUGAGACACAUUCAGCAUCUGGAUCCAUUUCCAAGAUAAUGAUAUCGGAAUCCAGUACUACUACUACUCCAGCAGAAGUGUCCAUAAAUCCUGGUUGCAAAUAUAGCAGUAAAGUCAAUUUUCUAAAAUAAGGGAUUUUUCAAAAUAUGUAGUGCUUUGGGGCAUUGACUGAUGGCACUGAUACAAUAUGAACCUCUGGAUGUCAGUAGGGCUUUUAGCAGAAACAAGAUAGCAGAGCUGAGUCGAUGGGUCCAUCUGCGUUACCAGCUGGUGACUGAAAGAGGCGAGCACAAUGGUUUGAUUCACUCUGAUCUGUUCUGGUUCCAGCACCACACAUCCACAUUUUUUCUUCACCAACAGCAGGAUUUUUGUCAUUUUCUGACCACAGGCACCUGCUACUUAUGUGUAGAGAGCUGGCUGCUGCAAGAACCUGCAUCCAUGUUAUGAGUGUUAUGGAUGAUUGCUUACUGCAACAUCCUAGUUAUAGAUCAAAGACACGUUUGUUCCCCGAAGAGCUCCUCCGAUGCCAUAAAUCACUCACAUGGACUGCCCCUGAGUGUUUGUAGCUAGAAGCUGUGCAAAGCGAUUUAGUUGUUCUUUGGGUGAUGCAAAUAGCCCAGCUUGAGGAGAAAUAUGUCAUAUUUAAUACAGAGAGACAAAGGCUUACCUGUGUUCAGGUAAGGACUGUAACUUAUUCCAGUCUAGUGUAGUGCAGUGAGAGGAUCUUGGCAGUGUAGCAGCUACAUGUUUUGUCUUGGGGAAAAUUCGUGCAUUUUUCAGAGGUUCUUACAUCUUUUGUAUCCAGAACAAUUUCAAGUUCUCUACGUGUACAUAGAGAUAAUGCAAAGGGCAUCAUUUAUUGCCCAGACUAAAUUCAAUUAAGUACUUGACAUGAGUAAAGGGACAAGACAAAACCUGCUUGUGUGAAGUAGAAGAUGGGGAGAGGAGAAAGUGAAAUUUAUUUGCAGUAGAGACACUUGUUAUUUAACACCAUAUUGCAUUAUCUCAGUGAAUAAAUCUAAAUAGUAUACCAUGACACACCAUGAAGAGCUGAAGUUACUGUGUGCCUGGACUAUUUCUGUGCAGCUAUGUUACUUAAAACACACCUGUAUUAGUAACUGAAAAGAUUAUUGUAAUACAUUUUAAGAGAGGUUUAGCCAAAAAGAAGAAACCUAUUCUAGCUUCCUUGAUGAGAAGAGAUCUUAACUGGAGAAAUUUGAUGUAGCACUCACAAAUAAGAGCAAAUGGAAAGCUCUGUAGCAUGGACAGACACUUUGACUUUUUAACACUGUUCCCACAAAGUUUAAACUUACCAUUGACCUGAAGACCUGAUCUUUCAUGCUCUCAAAACCCUCAGUGAUUUGUGUGGAGCACAGGACUGAUAAGAAGUGCAUGGAGGAAUUGUUAACCCUUCUUACCCUUUUCUACAGAAUGCUGUUAACUCCCUGUAGAAUAAAAAUAUGCUGUGUUAGACUUUAGAUUAAGAACCUCAGGCCUUGCUCCAGACAUUAAGUUAUUAUGAGAUGUUAGUUGCAUCCAGUUUUCUCUACAGGAGUGCAAACCUUGUACUGAGCUUUAUUAUAGCUACUGGUGCUUUGUGCUUGGUGGCUGGGUAGUGUUAAUUUGUGCACAGGCUGGAAAGUUAAUAGUGGCAUUUCUGUGUGACAGGGUACAAUUAGAUUGAUCAAGACUUGCUGAAGUACACUAACUGUGGGAAAUGAUGUUUUCUUGGGUAGCUGAAUAAAUUAUUUCCCAUUUAUUUUAUAUUUGUGCCAGGUUAAUGUUCAAUAAAUGGAUCUUGCACCUGGCUGGGAAUGUUUAUGACGCUUUUGCAAGACUGAGCCAACUACAGUUUUGAUUAAGGAUUCUUGUCCAAAAGUUAGGAAGGACCUUUCAGUUCCCUCUAUUUCACAUGAGGAAUAUUCAUUUUUAGGGUUUGUGGGCCUCCAGUGCUGUCACAUGCUGUGGAAUGAAUAUUGAGAUUAAAUGGUUUUCUAAAUAUAGAGACACUGACAACAUGCUAAUAGUUCCAUUGCACCUCUUCAGAGGCUGACAGUGUCCUUGCACAUGACUGCAUCACAGCAUUAUUACAUUAAAGCCUGCUCAGCUGCUUUUAUUCCUUCUUCUCCCCUUAAUCUCUAAUGUUGCAUUUUCCUUUAGCAUCCAGGUCUGCCUUGAGUUGGUUUCUUGUCUUCCCCCAUGGAGCGCUAUUUAGUCCUGUUUAGUGUCUGUCAGGGAAUUUGUAUGAGUAUGAAUCAAAUGCUGCUAUGCCUACAGCAUAAUAAAACAUACUUUAAGUGACUUGGUUUACACUUCAAAGAAGGCAGCUUGGUGGGAUAUUCAUGUUGCCUAACUGGAGGUGCUAAAUUUGGUCUGUAGCUGCAUGGUGACUUCAACUGCAAUGCCUGGCUAACGCGGUCCAGUCCUCAUUCUUGUGCUGCACUCCUUCCUCUGUGCUGUCUCUGGCUCCUGCCUGAUCCUACUGUGGCACACUGAGAUGGCAAAAUCCUAACACGGCAACAGAAAGAGAACAUUUUUUCAUGCCAACAGAGCCAGGGGAAUUCAGACUCAAAGGAAGGGAUGAGACCACGCAUAUGGAAUCAUAGGAGCACAGCAGAGACCAUUUGUUAUCUGACAGCUGUUGGGCAGGUCCAGUGGUUCCCUGAGAGCUUGGUCAAGUGCAGAAGGCAACACCUCUGGGGACCUUCCUGGUCAGAAGGGAGAGAUGGGCUCUUGCUAGGGGGGAAUCACAGCAUGACAGCUGUUCUGGUGGGCAGGAGCCCAUCUCUCCCUGUAGUGCCAAAAGGUGCUGAAGGUAGCUACACUAAAAACUCUAGCUAUCUACACUGCUUGAUUAUUGCUCCCCCUUCUCUCUUUCCAAUUACAGUCAUCUUAACAAGCUGUUUGCCACCAAAACAUUUAGUAAUGAUAAGUAUAAAAAAUUCUCAGUUGAAUGAUGGGAAACUUAUAUAAACUUGCUUGUUAUUCAGCAUGCCUUUGCUGUCAGUCAUUUCUAAUUCCAGCACCUCAAACAGCAUCUGCAGAGAACAGAGCUGCACAAGGUCUAGAGGGUUUGAGACCAGUUACUCUCACUUUGAUUCUCUUUCCUUUGUACAGUAGUGAGAUGACUGGCCUUAGCACCAUGCUUGAGACAAGAUGAAAUUCUCUGUCCUCUGUGAUUCGGGAGAAGAAACUAAAUUAUCUAGGUGACCUAGAACCCUCUGUGGCUCCCUAAAUUAGUAGCAAAAUAUUCCUGCUGUUAUGUAUUACUUGAUUUUGUUCAGUGCAAGUAUCUGGAUAAGUUGAUUGGUCUGGGUUAAUUGAUCAUGUACACCUUCAGCCUGCACAGACUCCAUGAUGGAGCUACAGCCUGACAUAGCAAUCUAGGUUUAAAAACAUUUGACCUAGAGAUCUUUUUUUGUCCUGUCACCUGCUUACCUGGGACAAGUCUGUGGAGGGAAAUCCUGAAUAUCUGUGCAGUAGCUUCUCCAGGGACCCUCAGUUCCACAAAGCACACAUCUGCUUGUGUACAGAAGUUGGUGUGAGAUCAAGCCCAAGGAAUACUCUGUGGAGUGCUUUAUUCUGAAACAGCUCAAUCUCAAAUAACUGAUAGCCACUUGUUGCACGCACUAGAGCAGUAGACUUCUUGCACAUGAGCCUUUUAGUUACAUGUAUCUUAGUCUGAAAUAUUCAAAGCCAGGCAAUCCUUCCUCUUGUGGUACUUCAGCAGCUGCUUUCUUUAAUCUCUAGGUCUGCUAGCCAGCAACACUGACAAGGGGAUCUCAUAUGGUAUCUACUGUAGAAACCAACUCUCUUUAUUUUGAAUUCUGUCAUUUUAGGCAAGAAUAUCAUCCUUUUCUGAGUUUCAAAGGCUGCUGAUCUCUCAGGGUAGCAUGGGGAAAUCCAUUAGGCUUUCCAGCUACAGCAUACAACAAAUGGUCAGAUUUACAUUUAUUAAGCUUUGUUCAGAUUUUCACAAAUUGUUUAUUAAUUGGUUCAAAAUUAUCAUUAUGAUCAAGUAGAGCAUGAAACACUCUGCAGCAUGCCACUAAACAAAGGCGCAUUUCACAAUACCUUCCUAUUCUGGGAAUGCCAGCUCACCAAGGGAAUGACCCCGGGUUACUGGGUUAUCGUGCACUGGUCCAGCUGCGGUAGCAGCCUGUCAGUGUGCUCUUGGUGUCAAGCAAAUUCCAGCAAUACAAGAACUUAACGUGGUGGGAGUACUCAAGGAAACAGCUUGAGUUUCCUACAGACCAGGGAGUAAAUGUAGUACUGUGGUGUGUGAUAAUUGAGCUCACAUCACUCUGUGCAUGAUCAAUAACUGCCCUUUGGUGGCAGGUGUUGACAAAUUCUAGUUUAAGGAUGAGAAGAGUCUGGCUUUGUAAUACAAGAAGAAGUGGCGUCCUCCUGUUGCCAUCAAAAGAACAAUCAAGUCUGUCUCUUGCUAAAUCCUGAUGUACCUUCAGCAACACAUCAGUGUUUGUUGCUGCACCCAGUACUGCUGUGUCUCAUCUUUUUUCCUCUCUCUUUUCUCCAUUGAGGGAGAAAACUCAAUGCAUGAUGGAAGUAUUUAAUGAUCCCACCAUGAGUUCAUGGCAUCAAGGCAAGAGCCCGUCAGAAUGAAUCAUGCUAAUGGUUGUGACAGAAUAGCCUAUUCUAAGACAGUAUUGCUGGUUUUAAAUUCCUCACUAUUCACUUUAGUCCCUGACAAGGGGAGAUUCUUCAUGGCAAGUCUGUAGUUCAGCAACCUGCUAAGCUUCUCAGCUAUUGGCUUGGCUGUGAUGUGUUUCCCUAAAAACACCUUCCCUUGGUGUAUUUAUUGUCGGUGCUUACAGACAAACCCAUUCUUAAAUUCUUUUGACACUGAAGUAUAACAACUAACAUUUCUACAUGUUUUAUAUGCACAUUUUAUAUAGCAGCUUCAUAUAUAUUCUUUCUAUUGAUAUUCUUGAUAUUCUUUUCUUUGAGUGCCUAAUUAAAAUUUAAAUAUUCAUUAUAUUUUUUGCCACCAGAGUCAAGUGUGUAGGAAGUUACAUAAUGUCACCUAAAAAACAGUGAUAAAAGCCAAAAAAAUUUUAAAGGUAUCUGACUGAUUUCUGGAGGAGUAUUUUCACUAGUCAUUUGGACACUUGCUUCUUAGAUUUACCUUUCUAAGGUGGGUCUAAGAGGCCACCUCUGCUUCUAAUUUAUUUCAAGAUCUGCAAGUGAGAAGGCAGGUGACUGGAGAGGUCAUGCACAGGGCUGCUCCUGAGGGAUGGCAAAUGCGUGGUUUUUCUUUUCAGAGACUGUUCCAUGUGUCAAAAUGUAAUUCCAUGAAGUUGCCAUGAUAGCUUUUGCCCAGAGAUUUCAUCGUCUCUUAAAAUGUGUAUUGUUUGCAUUCAUUUUAGCUCCAUUCUUUUCAAUGCAAUUAUCAAAGCAGAGCUUAUUCCCCAUGGAGCUGGUACAAUUGUGCUCUUCCACAUGCUCCAAGCUCUGUAUGAAGCUGCUAGUGUAGGCUCUGCUACUGCUGUUCCAAAAAGGUUCCUCAAAUUCUCCCAGUGCUGAACUUAUUUAUGUUUUCAGAUGUGAACUUGAUAUUGUCCAAGUAGAAUGUGUGCAGCGUAAUAUAGAAAUGUCUCUGCACAGGGUUUAGGAGGAGGCAGGAGCCCCUCAGCUGUGUGUGUGCUUUUAUUACAGAAAACCAAGAUGAAGUUGUAUUGUUGAAUCAUCUGUUACAGCUCAUUUAAUUUGUACUCUGUUUUCAUGUUUUAAGUGCCUGAUGAUUUUUUGUCAAGGAGGCAAUGGUUUCACUGUUAUAAUGCAUACUUAGAAUUCUGUACUUGUUACGUGUUCUGUAAUAGAAUAUUUUUGCAAUUUCUGUUUGGAAAUAAAGACUUAUUAGGCAUAA